CGCUCCAGUGACUGCAACCCCAGCUCCUGUCGGUCCCCUCGCUUUUGCUCCUACCAAGUCCUUCGAGCAGAAAGUGGCAGAGGCUACAGACAGCAUUGAGCACUUGCAGGAAGAGUUUUCAGACCUGAAAUCUGAUGCACGUGAGUUGCUCUCCGAGAGAGAAAUUCAAAAUCAAAGGUUUGUUCGAAAGUUCCGCGAUCAUCUCCUCGACCUACCUGUCACCAAAAAGCAAGUUCACAUUCGUUUCUUCAGCAAAAAUGUACGUGAAAUUGUGGCCGCUGAAACUAUCCAAAUGCUUUUCAUCAUCCUUGGCCGCUACUGCAACUAUUCCAACUAUGAGAUAAUCUUCCACAUUGUCAAAAGGUUCUGUCAUGAGUUGAAAGGAAGAAUGCUGACAUAUCGUGACUCUCUCACCAGUUUUGAAAAGUCCACGACAGUCGAUGUAUACCUCUGUUGCAUUUCAGCUCGUCCUGGUGGCGAGAUUUGCAAAGGGUUCAUCCGCAUGACCAUGAAAAUCAACAAGCCACCCUCUGAGUGUUCGCUGCAUGAGAUCCGAGAGUUGAAGGAAUCCAUCGAGGAGAGGGCAUCUAUAGAGUCCUAUGCCAUGUACAUCGAGAGCCCAGGGGAAGGCUCUGUACACGUGGGGCUGCUUAUUCACGAGGGGGUUAUACCGAUGGCGGCUGCAGUACUUCACAACACUGACUUCAGACAAACAAAUCAUCUGACAGAGGUGACAAUAGCGGGACAAGACGUCAGAGAAUACAUUGAUCAAAGGCUGUGGUUUGCGUGUCAGGCAGGGUCAUGUGAAGGAAGUGACUUCCCUGAUAACAUUAGGAGCUGAUGUGAAUUUCAGAUACGAUGCGGUAAGGCAUUGUGUAGUAACCUCUAUGUGAAGUCAUCGGUGUCUCUUAUUUACACAUAUCUGUCAUCACAAAAGUUUUUUAAAACGACUCCAUUGAUGAUAGCUCUUGUGGAGGACAAGCCUCAAGUCGUUCCACUGCUAAUAGAGGCUGGAGCUGAAGUUAACAUACAGGAUGAGUCAGGACGAACUGCACUGAUGGAUGCUGCUGCAAGGGAUGAAGCAAAAAUUUUUUCGCUGCUACUCACAGCCGGAGCUAAUACUGACAUACAGGAUGGGGCUGGACACACUGCACUAAUAAUAGCUGUUAAGUGUAUACCACUGCUGGUAAAGGCGGGAGCUAACACCAACCUGCAGAAUAAGGAAGGAGACACUGCACUGAUGAAAGCUGCGUGGAUGGGUAGGACUGAAGACGUCUCAAUGCUAGUGAAAGCUGGAGCAGCACUAGAUCUGCAGAAUAAGAAAGGAGACUCAGCUCUGAUAUUGGCCACAACAAGGCAGCACAUACGAACUGUAAAGGAGCUAGUCAGAGCUGGAGCUGAUAUCAACCUCCAGAAUGAGGAAGAGCUCACAGCUCUGAUGAUAUCUUCAAUAUCUGGCGUGACGGAUAUAACAAAGACGCUCCUGUCGGGGGGAAAUAUUUCUAUUGAUAUUCAAACCAAAAAUGGGUGGUCAGCUCUCUUCUUCGCUGCUGAUGAAGGAGAUGUAGCAACAACAAAAUUACUGCUCGACGCAGGGGCUGACCCUCUCCUCAGAGAUAAUAGUGGACUGACCGCUGUGGAUGUUGCAUCUGCUGGUGAAAAUGAUGAUGUUUAUGGGCUACUGAGGAACCAUAUUAUGACGACCAAGACAUUACAGUCAAGAGUAUCUCAGGGUACAGAGCGCUGUGAAGAAAGCCAGACAUUCGGCAAAACCAGCGUCAUUCGUCUGGAGACUAGCAGUCGUGAGAUACGAUAACUGAAACAAGAGUCGAGGGUCAGAGUGAAGAGAGGUCUCGAAGAACGUUGAGACGCACACCCACCCCGCCCGGUCUUCCACCAGCAUUGGAGUCAAGAGAUGAAUACUGUUCCAGCCUCACACCACCUUGACACUGCUCUCUUGCUCAUCCACAAUAUCUCCUCACCCUUUAAUAUUGACCCAUCUUUAAAAUCAAAUUUCCCAUAGUGCAGAUCGACAUGGCUUGUGCAUGCGAAUCUUUGCAUGCACCAUUAGUGCCUGAAAACUUUCUAUUUGUGUACAGAAGUCUAGUACUUGCUGCCCCGCCCUCCACCCCACAGGGUUGACAGAUGGUAAGAAAUAUUGGCAGUAAGGUUGGAGGCUGUUGCUGUAUUGUGGACACAGACAGCCCUUCUGC